AUGGCUAUAUGUAGAUUGGUUGGAUAUCCAGAUCUGUUUAUCACAUUCACUUGCAACCCCAAGUGGCCCGAGGUACAACGCUUCUUGAAAGAUCGAAAGUUAAAAGCUGAAGAUCGUCCUGACAUAAUAUGUAGAUUAUUCAAAAUGAAAUUGGAUGCUCUAAUCUCAGAUUGUCGGAAGAACAAGUUAUUUGGGCCAGUGAUGGGAGUUAUAUAUACCAUAGAGUUCCAAAAAAGAGGUUUACCGCAUGCUCAUAUUCUGCUGUUUCUUGAUAAAGUCAAUGGAUAUCAUAAUGUUGACAAUUUGGACAAAAUUAUUUCAGCUGAGCUGCCUGAUCAAGAAACUGACGUAGAAUACUUCAAAGCAGUUGAGGAGUUUAUGAUGCAUGGACCUUGCGGGAAAGCCAGGUUGAGUUCUCCAUGUAUGGCAAAUGGUAAAUGUACUAAACAUUUUCCCAAAAAGUUUGUUAAUUGCUCAACUUUGGAUGAGGAUGGUUAUCCUAUAUAUUGGAGAAGAGACAAUGGUCGGUCUGUGACGCGCAAUGGGAUUGACUUGGAUAAUAGGUACGUGGUACCACACAAUAGGCAUUUGUUGUUAAAGUAUAGGGCUCAUAUUAAUGUUGAAUGGUGUAAUCAGUCCCGUUCAAUCAAAUACCUAUUCAAGUACGUGAACAAGGGUCAUGAUAGGGUAACAGCAGAGUUUUACAGAACUAGCAAUGAUCAAGAUGGCGCACAAGUUCUGGAUGAAAUUAGUAUGUACUAUGAUUGUAGGUACAUAUCUCCGUGUGAAGCAUCGUGGCGGUUGUUCGGUUUUGAUAUACAGUUUAGGACACCAUCAGUGGAACGAUUAAGCUUUCACUUGCCGAAUCAACAAAGUGUUAUUUUCGCAGAUGAUGACCCGGUUGAUAACAUACUCAGUCGGCCAACAAUCUUGCAAAGCAUGUUCCUAGAAUGGUUCGAGGCAAAUAAAAACUUCCCAGAAGCAAGGAAUUUGACAUAUGCUGAAAUGCCAACAAAAUUUGUGUGGAAGAAAGAUAUUAGAAAAUGGCAGCCAAGAAAAAGAGGAUUCUCUAUCGGUAGAGUUUUCUAUGUGCCUCUUGGAUCAGGGGAAAUCUUUUAUUUAAGGUGUCUGUUGAAUAAGGUCAAAGGUCCGACAAGUUAUUUAGAUAUAAAAAUAGUGGAUGGUGUCCAAUAUGAUUCUUUUAGGGAUGCGUGUUGUGCCAGAGGAUUAGUAGAUGAUGACAGGGAGUAUGUUUAUGCUAUAGAAGAAGCAAGUUACUGGGCCACAGCUGUGAAUCUGAGAAGAUUAUUUGUCACUCUCUUGAUGACUAACUCAAUAGCAAAACCAGAGGUGGUUUGGGAGGCUGCGUGGAUUCAUUUGUCAGAUGAUGCACAAUUCAAGAUUAGAGAACAAUUGGGAAAGCCAGAUUGGAUUAUAUCUGAAGAUGAGAAGAAGAAUUUUUCACUUACGGAGAUUGAAAUAAUGCUUUCAGCUAUGGGAAAAAGUUUGAAAGACUUUCAGGGGAUGCCGAUAGCCGAUGUAGUUAAUCAGUGCAGAACAACCAAUCGGUUGAUACAGGAGGAAUUGGCAUAUGAUACUACUGCAAUGAAGGAAGAGAAUGAUGCUUUGGUGGAUAAACUAACUGAAGAGCAACGAACAAUAUAUGACAAUGUUUUGCAAGAUGCUGAGAAUAAUCUUGGAGGACUAUAUUUUGUUUAUGGAUAUGGUGGAACGGGGAAAACAUUCUUGUGGAGAGCAUUAUCUUCUGCUAUAAGGUCACAGGGUGAGAUAGAACUAAAUGUUGCAUCAAGUGGCAUAGCUUCCCUUCUAUUACCAGGUGGAAGGACUGCACAUUCAAGGUUCGCCAUUCCGAUCGCUGUUAAUGAAGAUUCAACCUGCAAUAUCAGCCAAAACAGUCAUUUGGCACACUUGAUCAUGCAAAGUAGGUUGAUCAUUUGGGAUGAGGCACCAAUGAUGCAUAAAUUCUAUUUUGAAGCGUUGGACCGAUCUAUGAGAGAUAUAAUGCGUGUCAAAAAUCAUAACAGCUUCGAUAUGACUUUUGGUGGAAAAACAGUGGUGUUAGGUGGAGAUUCAGACAGAUUCUACCAGUCAUUCCAAAGGGCACCAGGUGAUGGAACCAUUGGUGAUUCAAUGGAUGGAGAAUCUGAGAUACAGAUUCCGGGACAAUUUUUGCUUAGUUGUGGAGAGGAUCCUAUUGCUACAAUUGUUGAUAGCACUUUUCCUAUGUUUCGCAGUGGCCACAGAGAUAAUGAAUACCUAAAAGAUCGUGCCAUACUGGCACCUACUUUGGAUGUUGUAGAUACAGUCAACGAAUACAUGAAUGACUAUAACAAUGCUGAAUGA